AUGAAAAGAUCAUUUUCCCAUCCAAUAAGAAGAAUUACUACUUUUUAUAAAUCACCAAAAUUAAGAUCAGAGUCUUGGAUUACUUCACCUAUUAGAGUGUCGAUUAAUUAAAUUUCUAUAUAAAGAAAAAGCCUUGAAUUUCAUAAUUAAUGCCACAGAUAAAUUUCAACUAAUCAUGUGUAUUUAUAUUGCUAAUUAUAGAUUGAUAAUUAGAAUGAAUAAUUGAAAAAAGACUUAGAUGCCAAAAAUUAAGAAAUUGAUGUAACUAAUCAUAAGACUUAUUUAGAAUUUGAAAUAGAAAAUAUUAUCAUAAUUAAAAACAAUAGAAUAAUAAGAAGCAAUUAUUAUAGAAUGGCAAUAAAGAUAUUAUGAAUAAGAAAAAUAACAUAAUAGAGAAAUUGCAUAAUUAAAAAGUAACUUAGAUAAUUCAAUUUUUGAUGAACCUUAAAUUGAUUUAAUUGAAUAGCCUUAUGAAAAUAGUCAUAUAAGAAUGGAUGAAUUAUAAAUUAUAUAAGAAGAAAGUGAAUGUCCUCAGAUUAAAAGUCUUAAUUAAUCUGUUGUAUAAAAUUUUAAAUUUUAUGAAAUUUUCAAUGCAUUAAACAAAAUAAAUAUUGAUGAAUCUCCAAUAGGAGAAUAAUUUGAAAUUAAUGAGUCUUAAAUUGUGUAAAGAAUAAACAAACUAAUAGAUUAUAUACAUAAAUUAGAAACAGAAUUAGAUGAUUGGAAAUGUAAUUAUUGGAAUCUUGAAAAAUAAUUAAACUCUUAAUUAAAAGAUAACUUUAAUUAAUAAGGUUCUGAAGAGAUUGAAAUUGAAUUUGAUUUUGAUAGAAAUUAAUUAGUUUAAGCUAUUAAGCCAAGUAGUAAAAGAUCAUUGUAAGAUGAAAACUCUGCAUUGUAAUAAGAAGUACAAAGAUUACAGGAGUUAAAUAACUAAUUAUUAAAUUAAUAGAAGAGUUAAACAAAAUAAAUUUUGGAAUCUUUAAUAAAUAAAUAAAAGAAAACAAAUAGAAAGAAGAAUUUAACACAUAUUCCAGAACCUGCAAAUAAACAAUUAACAUAGGUUUCAACUCAUCAUUCGAGUAGUUAUAAUAACACUCAGAAGAAGAGUCAUCCUACUUAAUAGGGAUCUCCUAAUUAAUAAAGAAAUAAUUAACAAAUAAAUUAAUAUUUUAGCCAUUAUUUUUAAUAAAAAAGAGAUCAUCCUACAUAACAUUAUUCUCCAGUUAUUUUGACGAAAGUUCAAUAGAUUGGAGCAAAAUAAUAGAUUGGAAUAAAGUAUUUAAAAGAUAUGUCGAUGGAUCAUUAUUACAAUGUCAAUGUUUAUUAAACACCUAUUGUAGUUAAGUAAUCUAGUUUAAGUCCUUACUAAAAAUCAGGAAGCAAAUUUAUUUAAUUUUGA